AAUUUAACGUUUGAAAUAUACAAAUGUACCAAUCGAGAGCAAGAAAGCCAUCAGCAAAUGUCCUAAAGCCAGCUGGAUUGCCGGCACGUAAUGAUAUAAAAGAAUGCAGGGUUAAUGUCGAUGAAACCCGAAAACGAAGUAAAAGUAAAUAUAAUAUACCAAAAAAUCUACGUUACGAUUUAGAAAAUGCGUUGGUUAACUUGUGUGACGUGUGGUUCGAAGAAAUAAAGCCGUAUUUAGUUCGAAAUAAUGUAAAAGUACACGUUCAAGAUGAUGAUACGAAUACAGGAUCGGGUGGGAAUAAUUAUUCGACGCUUGACGCUGUAAAGCGGACAAGAAAUCGAAGCGCUAAUCCUGAAAGGACGAAUUGCUCACAUCUUGAUCCAGCUUCGUCUUCAAGUUGGUGCACGCUCUGCCGGCUGCUGUACAACGCGUCGUGCGGCAUCGAGAGCGCGUUCGCACAGGCCGCCGUCGCCGCCCCGCACGCCACCGUGCCCGCCGCCGCCCACGUUGCGGAUACCAUCUCUACAGUUGUCGGAGGCAAGCACCUAAUAUUACACAAGCUUAUGGGUAGCUCAUGCUUAACUGCGACCUAA